AUGCAGUUCACCAAGUCCAUGAUGCUGCUGGCAGCCCUCGCCAGUGGCUCGCUCGCCCGCCACGGCCACCACGCUCACCAUGAGGAGCAUGUUCGACGCCAGGAUGCGGCGACAGUGACCGUCACAAACACCGUCGUGGUCUGCCCAUGCGCUUCAUCUACUUCGACUAUCACCGCGACGAUCUCGGUGGCUACCCCGUCGAUCGCGCCCACUACUUCGACUCCGGCGGUCAUCUCAACUUCCACGGAGGAACCCACUUCUUCCUCGACUUCCUCGACUUCUUCGACUUCUUCAACCCCGACUCCGGAGGCAUCUACCUCCAGCACGCCUUCGCCCACCACUUCCACGGCGACCUCGACUUCUGCUGCGGCGAACGCCGACUGGACCGCCACCUCGUCCUCUGGCACGUACUCGCGGUCCGGCUUCGGUUCUAUCACUGAGUCCUCGGGCUCGGGCGACACCUACGUCGGCAAUGUCGGCAGCCCCUAUGGCAGCAAUAUCCAGCAGGUGUCCGCCUCGGAGGCCAGCAACUACAAGUACGUGGUCCAGUUCACCGGCGACAACACCAACGACUGGAAGGUCGUGAUCUGGAACAAGAUCGGCGAGGAUGGCGCCAUGGACGGCUGGUACGGCAAUGCCUGCCAUUCAUUCACCCUCGCCGCCGGUGAGACCCAGUACUGGGCUUUCGACACCGACUCCCAGGGUGGCUGGGCUGCCGCUCACGGCUCCAUUCCCACCAACGACUACGGUAGCUACGCCUCCACCUGGGGUGAGUUCGACUUCGGCUCCACCACCAACAGCGGCUGGUCUGGCUUCGAUGUCUCCGCCAUCCAGGCCCAGAACGCCGACCUCACCGUCCAGGGUAUGAAGAUCUGUGACGCCCUCGGCAGCACCUGCUCCUACAUCACCAGCGAUGCCGCCACUGUGCACAAUGCCUAUACGAGCGACUUGGCCGACGAGGGUGGUAUCGGCGGCAACCUGAGCGCCGGCCCGGUCCGUCUGGCCGUCGUUCUUGCCUACAGCGGUUAA